GUUCUAUUCUUCUCUUACCUAUGUUUAUGAUAUCUAUGGGCACAGAUUUAUUCUGUGCUAUGGGUUUAUGUCAUUAAGGACCGAUUCCACCGUUGUGUUAAACGAAGUUUAAAAUGACAUUUUUACAUUAACAAUGUCAUUUUAAUCUCCGUUUAACACAACGGUGGAAUCGACCCUAAGCAUAGAUAUCCCAUAUCUAUGCAUAUAAGCCAAAGCACAAAAGCCAUCCAGUUUAAUAUCAAGGUCGGUGUUUUAGAAUGAUUGAUAACCUAUAAUUUGUAUAUUUUUUAAAAUUAUUUAAUAAAAAAAUCAGGAUGAUUUCAGACAAUAUUACAGACUACGAAUUAAACAUGAGCUUACAAUACCAAAAUCUCAAUAUGUAUGAGACUGAUAUAGAAUCAUCUGAUAUUUCCCAAAAUGAGACUUCCAGUUCACACAAUGAUGAAAAGGUUCUACGGAUGAUGCAAAAAAUGGGUUACAAAGAAGGGUCUGGCUUGGGUAAAAGUGAACAGGGCAAUACUAAAGUGGUAGAUUUUAAUUAUCAAUUAGGAAAACGUGGAUUUGGAUUGAAACUUCGGAACAUUGAAGAUACAAUGGAAAAAUGGGAUUUUGCUUUAGAGGAUGUAAAUGUGAAAGAAAAUUUUAUUUGGUUAGACAAUGAGGAUGCAGAAAAUUUUACACUUACAGUGGAAGAAAUGUCAUCAUGGUUAAAAGAAGGUCCUCCUAUUGUUGAUAUAAAAACACAAUCAAACUAUUGUGACCAAGAAUUUCUUAAUAAAGUUGUAGAAGCAAAAGACAUAUUUGAUGAAAUGGACAUUAUAGAACUGUGCCAUGCCAGGGCAAGAUGUAACCCAUUUGAAUCACUUCGCUCUGCAUUUUUCAUGAACAGGGCUGCAUUGAAAAUGGCCAAUAUUGAUGCCCUUACUGAUUUCAUGUUUACUAACAUCGACAAAAAUGAACAUUUCACAAGCAAUACAGGACCAUUUUACUUUGCCGAUGUAUGUGCAGGCCCUGGCGGAUUUUCUGAAUACAUUCUUUGGAAGAAAAGGUGGCUUUUUAAAGGGUUCGGUCUAACUUUGAAGGAUGAAAACGACUUUAAACUUCACGAAUCUUGUUGCGCUUGUCCCGCUACGUUUCAGUCGCUGUAUGGAAAAGAUGAAGACGGAAAUGUGUGUUCACCAGAGAAUAUAACGGAUUUUACAGAAAAAGUACUGUUUGAAACGGAGGGAGAGGGGGUUCAUUUCAUGAUGUCUGACGGGGGGUUUUCAGUGGAGGGUAAUGAAAAUUUUCAAGAAAUCCUUUCGAAAAGUAUCUAUAUUUGUCAAUGUCUUGUCGCAUUGGAAAUUGUUAGAUCUCAUGGUCAUUUUGUGACUAAACUGUUUGAUGUUUUCACUUCGUUUAGUGUAGGUCUUCUGUAUUUGAUUUAUCACUGUUUUGAAAAAGUUUCCAUUUUAAAACCUAAUUCAUCUAGGCCGGCGAACAGUGAAAGAUAUUUCAUUUGUUCGAACUUGCGGCGAAAUACUCUCCAUUAUGAAAACGUCAAAAAGUAUUUGUGGAUUAUUGUACAACGAUUGUGGGCGCUUAAUGGUCAAAGUGAAAUAGACAUUUUGGAAAUAGUACCUUUAGAAGUAUUAAAAAAAGACGAAAAUUUUUAUAAAUUCAUAUGCAACAGCAACAAUAGUUUAGCGAUAAAGCAAACGGUAGGAUUGAAAAAACUGGCGACAUUUUGUCGAAAUCCGACGCUGGUCGAAUCCAGGCAGGAAGAAUUAAAAAAGAAAUGCCUCGAAUUUUGGCAAAUACCCGAUAGACAAAAGACACCUCUACCUCAACUCAACGCAAUUGAACUUGUAAAUACAGUCAUGGAUAAACCUGAAAUAAUUUUAGUGCAACCCAGAGAAAUAAACCAAAUAAAAGCAUUUAAUGAAUUGAUCUCAAACAUAGAGGAUUGGUACUACUAUCCUUUAUUUAGUUCUAAGAAAACAAAUAACUGUAAUUUUUAUGCGGGUGUUUCCGUUUCUAAGGUAUACAGGUUGCAAAAGCAUAAAUGGGUGCGAAUAAAAAACGUUCAGCUAUCUAGGGGAACGCUUGUGUAUGGAGAAUUUGUGAAAGAAAAAUGUACCACAAAGUCGCUCCAGGAUCAAGAAAUAGAAUACAUACAAUACAGUCUUCACAUCAUCGAUGCAUUGCAAUUGGGUGAACAGAAUCUAUCGGAUUUGGAUUUUUCAGAGAGACAAGAAAUUAUAAAGGUUUAUUGCAAAUCUUUAAACAAAGAAAGUCAACCCCAUCUGGUAAGGAUCCGUCCAAAAGUUAUGGACAAAUUGAUUAAAAUAUCUUCCAAUUGUCUGAUAUCUCAGGGUAAAGAGGGAUUGUACUGUAACUUACCAUUAAUGGGAUACAAAUCUGUGACAGAAACGUUUAAUGUAAAUUCGAUUUUAUUGCUGAAAACCAAUUUAAAUCAGUCGUUUCAUUGGUCGUAUGUGUUGAGAGUACAAAUUUUCAUAAAAAGCGUUGAAGACAUCAAUGAAGACACAAUAUGUUUAGAAGAUAUUCUAAUUGAAAUAAAGCAACGAUCGUAAAUUUUAUGUAAUUUUAGUUUUUACAUAUUUUUAUUUUAUUGAC